AUGUUUCCGAGUAAAGCUACCUCCUUAUUCUCAUUGUCUAGUCACAUGGACAGAAACCUCACCCGUUCUCGGUGCUUCACGUCCUCCCCGAUUUAUUAUGUUAGAGGUGCUGAACCAUGUGAAUAUCGAGAUACCGGAACUAUCAAGAUUCCUUCUCUUAAGGUCCCUAUGGAGUUACUCAAAGAGGUGGGAAUCAUAGGAGCUUCCCAUGGCUGGGUUGCAACUUUGAAAAAUGGGAUUGUGUGUCUUCAAGAUGACCUAGAUCUCCACGCACCAGAUACUGACCCAAAACGCAUAUCUCUGCCUCCUCUUGAAACUCUGCCUCAUUGCCAAACCCAAAUAGUAACCAACAUAGCCAUGUCCUCUUCCUCUCCAGAGGAUGAAGACUGCAUCGUGGCUGUCAAGUUCUUGGGACCUCAGCUAAGCUUGU